AUGGAAGAAGAAUAUAUUUCUGACUUUGGUAGUAUGGAUAAUAAUCAGUAUGUUAGUUUAAAUAAUAUUAAUGAGGGUUGGGACGAUAUAAUAACCGAGAAGGACAUAUUUGAAGAUAGUAAUAUUGAUUUAAAUAAUAAAGAAUUUACAGAUAAUCCUAAUUUUUUUCAAUUAAAUAUGAAUGCUUUUCAAUCAGCCCGUUAUUUUUCAACUAUUACUGAUAAUAUAGAUGAUAAUAUAUUAGAAUUAGAUA